GAUGGAGGGUGCUCGUUUCAGGUUUAACAUUGCCUUUGACGAAUACGAAGGGAGGGCCAGGAGGGGCCAUGGCCCCUCACUUUUUGCAAAACAAUAUACCUUUUUUCAAAAGCUUUUGUUAUGAUUGUUAUAUUUUCUCUUGGCUUCUCAACUUUCCAACCUGCGUCGGAGCCCAUGUUUAACGGUACAGGAAAAAUACAGGAAUGAAUAGCUUUGUUCUCACAAAUCGUCGUCCUCAUCAAGGACUCUUCAGACGAAUUAAGUGAUCUGAUGACGAAACAACCUAUGUCUGCCGAAAAAAUAUGAUAUGACAUGACAGCCCGAUGACAGUUCUGUUCUGGUGGGAAUUCAAAAAGCCAUGUGGCUUCAAACGAUUAAAAACUGUAUUUUCUUUGAAAUAUUCGAUUAAAUUAACAAUUCUACAAAUUUUGCGAAAUUCAAGAUUUGUCAGUUCCAUAGUAACAAGGAAUUUGCCCAAAAUGGGAGUUUAGGGACAAAUUAUCAAAAAAUUAUUGAAGAUCACUCCCUUUGGAGGAUGCUCUCGUGCUUUAACUUAUCAAAUCACCAAAUGCAAGGAAAAUUUUGAGCACCCUAGCCUCGUCCCCAGCUCUGUUAUUUGUGAUGUGUUACAUGAAGUAUUUUGACAUCACGAUAAUGGCGACCAACAUGAAGAGAACGUUGGACGUUCUGAACGUCGAAAACACAGAAUUCUCGUCCCUCCUGUUAGCAGAAGAUGUUCUCAAAGGGCUGAAAAAAUUGGGUUUUAAGAAUCCAUCCCCUGUUCAGCUAAAGUCAAUACCACUUGGAAAAUGUGGGCUUGAUAUGAUUGUGCAAGCUAAAUCUGGAACUGGAAAGACUUGUGUCUUUGCUGUUAUAGCACUAGAAAUGGUUUUGACAUCAUCUACUGAAACACAGGUAAUCAUUCUUGCUCCAACCAGAGAGAUUGCAGUACAAGUACAAGGAGUCUUGUCUGAAAUUGGUUCCUUCAAAAAGAACUUGAAUUGCCAUGUCUUUAUUGGAGGCACCUCAUUGGAGGAUGACAAAAAGAAAUUAAGAAGCUGUCAUAUUGCUAUUGGAACACCAGGCAGACUGAAAACUUUAAUUGAACUGGAGCACCUCAAAACUGAUUUUGUCAGACUGUUUAUCCUUGAUGAAGCAGACAAGCUACUCGAGCCAGGAUCUUUUCAAGAGCAAAUCAAUUGGAUAUUUUCUACCUUACCAAAACAUAAGCAAAUGCUGGCAUUAUCUGCUACAUACCCAGAGUACUUGGCGAAACACCUGAAUAACUAUAUGAAUGAGCCCAUUCAUGUGAGAUUAAAUACAGAAGAGCCUACACUUUUAGGAAUAAAACAGUUUUACUUAAAGGUACCAUCACAUCAUUUGCCACAUGUUGUUUUUAAUCGAAAGGCAAAGAGGCUUACAAGAUUUCUAAGGAACACACCCUUUCAGCAGUGUAUGGUUUUCUCAAAUUACCAGACCAGGGCGCAAAUUCUUGUCGAUAUCCUGUCAUCAGAAGGCUGGCCUGCAUCGUGCAUUUCAGGCAAUCAAUCCCAGGAAGAAAGGUUAAAGGCAAUGAAAAAGCUGAAAAAGUUCCAAUGUCGUAUCCUUGUAUCAACUGACUUAACAUCUAGAGGCAUUGACUGUGAUAAAGUGGAUCUUGUCAUCAACAUGGAUCUUCCUUGGGACACUGAAACCUACCUCCACCGUGUAGGCAGAGCAGGAAGAUUUGGAGGAUAUGGUCUUGCAGUUAGCUUUAUCGCAGAAGGAGAUGAAGAGUUAAAAUUGAAAAACAUUGCAGAUGAAAUCAAAUAUGACAUAUUGUUUUAUCCAGAUACGAACUCAGGGGUAGAUGAUGAUGUGGUGAGCCAACAAAGAAUUUACGAUACCAAAAGCGAAACUCAGGAAAGAAGUUCCAAAGAAAAUAGUGGAAAUCCAAUACCAGAUAUGAGAGAAGAAGAUAAACAGGAACACAUGGCCAAGUCUGGUCAUCAGAAUUUCAUGGAUGAUUUGCACGAUUCCCUUGCCGCAAACCAAAAUGGCUCGUUGAAUGAUAGGGGCUACUUAAACCAAGAAGAUGCCUUCCUUGAAAUUAACUUCUUUAGUAACAGUGCAGAAGAAUGUUUGGAUGAUGCAGUGGACUGCUCUGCAGAGCAAUCAUUGGGCAGUCAUGGUGGAAUGAAGAUAGACGCAGAAGAAAAGAGAAAUUGUCCAUUCUUUGUGGAAGGGAAAAUACAUACUGAAAGGGCAGUUGGUGUUGAAAUACUAGCCAGCGAUUCAAAAAUUUGCGAAAAACAGUCAAUGGACAAGCCAGAAAGCAUUUUAACUCCUAAGCGUGAACUUGCUGACUCAGAGUCAACAGAGGGCCUACAAAUAAACUCUGGGACUCGGUGCUUGCAUGACAUAUGUAGUUGUCCUUGUUCAGAUUAUGCUGGUGACCAACAAGAUGACAUAUCAAAGUCAGAUUUGGGUGUAUCUUUGUUGGCUAGUGACAAAUAUAAACGUAUAAAUGACACUAAUGGUUAUGCUAGUAGUGAACGACUUUCCGAUAGCAUGGUACAAACCAAGGAGUGCUGUAAUGGCCUAAUGAAAGGUGAUUCAGACAACGCAAGUUCAAAACCAUCUGAUGAGUAUGCUGAUUGUGAACCAAAAAUUGAAAACUCUUUUGUUGGUGACUCUUCAAAUGCUGAAGAAAAAAGUAAUAAUCGAAAGGUGAUAUUAUCAUGUGACCUUGAAAAGCUGCUAGAGAAUUUUCUAUGUGAGGAGAUAACAGAAUCAGGGGUUCGAUGUCUAGAUGAACAUUAUAAGCAAAUGGGAGUUGGUGAAAUCAAGACCAAUCGAUCCAACCAAACGUCUGCUGUUUUCAAAAGUAAAAGCUUAGACUCUUUUGAUCCUGAAGAAAAUGAUACAGAAAUUAUGAGAGUUAAAGAACAAACAACUAAUAAUGAUGGAGGAUAUUUAUCGACUGGAGUAUCAGAAGGGUCCUUUUCUGAAAAUUUAUCUUAUGCUAGUAGUAUAGUGAAUGCUGACUUGGAUAAUACUUCAGUUAGUUUUGUUAUGACCCAUCAAACAAGUGAAAGUGCUGGACUAGAUGAGGAUCGUGAAAGGAAUGGAAAAGAUGUAAACAUAAUAAAUGAUAGCAAAGAACUACCUAACGAAUUUUCCGAUGACAGUCAAGUUGACAGUGUCACUGCGGAUGCACACCUUUCAGCUAGCGAAAACGAGGUCGUAUUUAAGCCAUAUAGGACUCGUAAACAGAGGAAAGACCCAAAUAAGCUUCUGUGCACAUGUGUAGAAGAAAAGAGCCAGGAACAGAGAGCGACACAGUCUUCUUUAAUUAGAAAAGUGAGGUUUCUUCAGGCAUGGAAUAAUGCAUAUAACUCACAGGUGGCCUGGCUACAGCAUUAUCGUAGGCAAUUUAAAACAUUUUAACAACAAGAGAGGUUAGAUUGAUAAAUAGAUUGCUAAGGGCUCUAUAUUAUCGCCUUUGUGUUUACACAUAAAUUGUGUUGCGUAAAAAUGUGUUAUUAACAUGGCAUACAAUGCACUAUUUUUAUUAGUAUCGAAGACUUCAAACUGAUGAUUGGGUAAAAAUUGCCUAAAUAUUGGAAGACUGACAGGGGGGGAGAUUUGGCUGCAACGCCCUCAUAUUCGGUAAUAAUUGAUGAGAGUCAAAACUUUUUUCUGGGUUCUUGAAAGGUUUUUUGUAAGCUCUUUAGGUAAUGUUUAAUUGGGUGUUGCUGGCUGGCAGUUUUGAUAAAUGUGUGACAAAAUUGAAAGAUUUUGGAAUAACAAAUUCUCAGGUGUAAUUUCGUCCGAAACUUAAAUUCUUUGAUGUCUUGUCCCGGCGUUUUAUUGUUCUCUUGGAUUUUUUAAAUUCUUUGGAAAGAGAAAAACAAUAAGAAACCUUUGAGCUUUUCACAGGAAAUUAAUAUUCAAAUGUUUGGAAAGUUAACUUGACCCUCAGAAAAAUCUCUUAAAUGUUUUAGAUGUUUCAUAACAGUUGCCUUAAAAUCUCAAAACAUAUUGGAAGAAGUUUCCUUAAACUUUGUGAUGUUCUGACUCUCCUUUAUUGUUCUUAGUUUUCUCCUUCCAUUUAAUUUUUCCGUUGCACCUGUGAUUACCUAAAUAGUUGAAGUUACCAAUGAUUAAUUAACUUAAAAUUACAAACUAAUUAUACAUAUAUUUUGGUGACCAUAUAUUUGUACAAAAUUCUUGAAAAUAUGUCAGAAGUUCUUUGUCAAAUUGCUUUUGGGAAACUUUUUUGUCCAGGAGUUCUUCUUUUAAAUGUAUACCUUAUCAACAUAUAAAUAUUGAGAAAAAAGUCAGCAUCAUAUAAAGAAAUUUGGAGGAAAAAUUCAUCUGGAAAAUUUCACAUCAUAAUAUUUUUCUUGCUGUUGCAGUUCAUAGUUGCAAACACUCUAAAAUUUGGUUAGUAUUCUUAAGAUUUAAAAGUGAAUUUAAAAAUAGAAUAGAACUAGGCUGAAAUAAUCCUUUGGUAAAAUAGGUAAAAACUGCUUUGAAGAAAGCAAAUGUUUUGAAGCAUACUAAAGCUUUUUUGUCAUUUUGUCUGACAUUUUUUGUCAGAGUAUAAAACAUCAGAACAUAGAUAAAAAACUGUUUUGUUUAUUGCUCUAUUAUUUUAAAAAACAUCUUAGACUCAUUCUGGUAACUCUAUAAUUUUGGCUUUUCUGAAGGUGAAAACCCUCUUUUUUUAUACCAGUGUUUUAAAAUUUCACAUUCUAAGAUGAAUUUUUAAGUGACAUCAAAUCAGAAAUUUGUACUUAAAUAGCAGGCAAAAAGUCAUCAUACAAAGACAGUUGAAAAUGGAAACCAACUUUAUUGGAUUAAUAAAAGAAAAAAAUUGAACACUAUGUAUUGGUAGCAGAUAACGUUUAAAAGAGAGUAUCUUUUGUUCUCUUAUAAAUAUGAUUUUUAAAUGUUGAUGACCCUGCUUAGUCUCUGUAUUCUGUUCAGUAGAUUGUCUCCUUGUUUUAUAACAGCCUGAAAGAAGAAAACAUUUUGUUACAAAAAUACUUUGACAGAGCAAACCAAUCUCAUUCAAAAUGAUCACAAGCCUUUUGCUUGCAUUAUUCUUGAUUGAAGCAAUAUUUACAAUAUAGUUAUACUGCUUACAUGUCCUUUAAUAGUAAAAAUGAAUAUUCUAGCAUUCAUGGAUGACAUGCAAAAUGUUCUCACCUGGUACUGAUAGUUUUUGCUGUCAGGUCUGAAAUACAAGAAAACUAUUAUUAGCAAAAUUACAUUAAACAUUGUCUGUAUGAUGGAAUGAUUUAUUCAAAUGACAAGAAUUAUGAACGAAAAUAGGUACAUACCAUAUAGAAGUGUUAAAUUUUGAAGUUGUAAAAAUCAACACAAUAAAUGCAUACGUUUACAGAUGCAUUUAACAAAAUCAAGUGAUUGCCAGCAGUUUAUAAAUUUAUGUGACAUGUCUCUCAACAAUCCGUUCUUAAGUCUUUAUAAAUUAAAACUAUUACAUAUUGGAAACAUAUGCUUUGUAAAUGAUGUAAUAUAAAGUUCAAAUUCAACAGCUGUCAACUUAAGCUACGUAUGUUGUUUACAAAAUUGUUAACUUUCGACUGAAAGUUGUUUGCUUUCAAAACAUUAAAAAUGUACCUGUUUGUCUCUACAAUGCCUCCAACUUUAUCAAUUUUGCAGUUUAAUCUACCAGCUGCAAUGAAACGAGCCAGUUCCCUGGAGAGAAAACUUUUGUUUAAGGUUCAUGUGGCUAAAAAUGAUUUGGCUCAAGGAGCUGAAAUUUCUCAACUAACGAAAGAGCAAUGUAGCAUUACAAUGAAAAUAGAUUUUUUGCAUUCAGAGCAAUAUAAUUUAAAAAAAAUAAGCUACAACCAUGGGUCUUAAUGUUUUGAAUAAGGUUUCAAGUCUGUAUUCAUGGGGUAGGGUGAUGAUGAUUGAAAGAAAAAAUAUGUCAUCAAUUCGAAGGAUAGGGUGCGAGGAUGACUCACUUGUUAGAGGAGCUGACUACAGACCCAAGGGUCCAUGGUUGGAGUUCCUGGCAUGACCAAACUUUCACCCAGAGUGGGGAGAGUCGCCAGCUCUCUGUAAUUCCAAGCGUAGGAAUCACGAGGUGUGGUCACAUUGAGAGAAAGGACCAGGACAUGGCUUGAUAAGCAUAGCUUCUCAGUGUCCUAAAAACUACCUUCGGAUGCCAGGUAGCAACAAAUACAAAUACAAAUAUAGAUACAAAUUAGUAUCAAAAGAUAAAUAAAAAACAAGGAAGGUACCUGUCAAUGAAAUCAACUGUAACUCCAAAAGCAUUAGCCAUGUAUUCCAGUGUUAAACUGCGAUAUGAUUCUAGCAACUGGGUGUAUGCUAAGAUGCGCAUUUCCCUGACGUAAUAUGUGUAAUGAGGCUCCAACAAGCGAUCUUUCAUGAGGUUUACCUCAAUUUCAGCUAGAAUAAAAGUGAUAAAUUGUGAUAAUGAGACUAUGGUAAUAACAUCAUAUUUCCAUUGUUAUUUGGUUCAUAAAGACAUAUUUGUUUAAAUAUGAGCAAAAUUUAUCUGUGUAGAUACUAUUUGCUUUGAUAUGCAAAAGUUAUUCCUUGCGCAUCAAAAAAAUUUUCCACACGUAGUUCUGUUUAAGCUUCUUGCUACUUUUCAGUAUUGCAUUUUCUAAAGUCUUUGCGGAUUUUUCAAUCAAAUAUUUGAAUUCAAAUUUGAUGGUGUUUUUUCUUUUAUUAAUAUUUCACAUCAAAAAAGCUGAACUGUGUAAAGGGAGUGACAAAACAAAAUAAAAAUCUAUGUUGUAAAUUGCCAUAAUUUCUCCAGAUUUUCAUGCCAACACUACUGUAUAACUGGGAUAUAAGUCGGUUUUACUUACCCAAGGCUUGGAAGAAAUCUGCAUAAUGACACUCGUACAAUGAAUUCAAGUAUUUUUUUGCUAAGGGCAACUGAUGUAACUGUUCCUGUAUUUCAGCUCCCUGAAUGACCUAAAAAGGAAGUUUCUUGUUGAUACAUGCUUCCUUCUAAACAUCCUUGAAAAUAUUUCUAUAUUCAAUGACCAUGUGGCCUUGGAUAUGCCUUUGACAUUUCAUAAUCUGAUAUAGUUUACAUGCUAAGCAAUAAGCUGAGUUUCGUAAAUAUGCUUAUUGUGCAUUAUAUGCCAGGAUGAUUCAAAACGUUUGGGUGGAGCCCAAUAUAGUAUUUAUAAUGUGAAGGCAGCUUUUAUAUCAUUUUUUUUCUCUCUAAUAUCUUAUACUUAAAAUAUCUUUGUUUACUAGCCUGUGCUUCCAACACUAUUGAGAAUAAGUUGAUUUUUUUGUGAUUUAUAAUAACAAUUCUCUGCCAGUCCUUGUUUUUCUAGUUGAUAAUUUUAGGGGAAGGCUAAGGAGCCUAAAGGAAAGUCCUGACAAGGGAAAGGAGUGAGGGAUUUGGAAGAGGGGGAGGAAAGAUCAAGCUUUUAGAUUUUUGUUUUGAAUAAAGACAGUUUGUAAAUGAAACAGCUUGUGAAACUGCCAGAAUAUGAUGAGCUCUGUAGUUCUAAUUUUAAAGAAAGA